GCAGGCGGGCCGGGGCGCCGGGUGGACCUGCGGACGCGGGCGCCCAGUGCUCUGGAGGGGGCCGGCAUGCACCCCCUGCCCGCCGACAGGGACGGCGGAGGCGCGGCGCCACGAGACGAGAGGGCAGCAGCCCCGGAGGAAGACCCGGUGGAGGCCGAGCUGGAGCCGGAGCUGCGGUGGGUGGAGCUGGCCGCCGAGGGAGCCCCGGCCUGCGACAGCGCGGAGACCAGGGCACCCCUGCUGCGGGCCGUGUGGCGGGGGCCCGUGGGCCGAGUGACCCAGCUGCUGCGCCAGGGAGCGGACGUAGAGUGCAGGGACGCCGCGGGCCGCACGCCGCUGCACCUGGCCGUGCUGCGCGGCCACGCGGGGCUCGUGCGGAUGCUGCUGCGGCGCGGGGCGCGCGCGGACGCCCGGGACGGCGCGGGGCGCUCGGCGCUGCACGCGGCCGCCUGGCCCUGCGCCGCGCGGCCGGCCGAGCUCCUGCUGGCGCGCGGGGCCCCGGCGGGCGCGCGCGCGCGGGGCGGCCUGUCGCCGCUGCACUGGGCGGCCGCGCUGGGCCGCACGCUGCUGGUCGGCCGCCUGCUGGCCGCGCCCGACGCCGACGCCCGCGGUCCGGACGCGUGCGGCUGGACGGCGGCGCACUGGGCGGCGGCGGGCGGGCGGCUGCCCGUGCUCGAGCUGCUGGCGGCGGCCGGCGCGGCCGACCUGGACGGGGCCCUGCUCGUGGCGGCCGCGGCCGGCCGGGGCGCGGCGCUGCGCCUGCUGCUGGCGCGCGGGGCGCGGCCCGACGCCCGGGACGCCGCGGGGGCCACGGCGCUCGGCGUGGCGGCCAGCGCGGGCCGCGGGCAGGAGAUGGAAGUGCUCCUUGACCACGGUGCUGACCCGAGUCUCCAGGACAAGCACGGCCGCUCUGCCCUGCACAGGGCAGCUGCUCGCGGACACCUGCUGGCCGCUCAGCUGCUGGCCACCUGCGGCGCCGAGGUGGAUGCCCAGGAUGCACUGAGCCUCACACCUUUGCAUCAUGCAGCUCGUGGUGGCCACGUGGAAGUGGCCAGGCACCUUCUGGACAGGGGCGCGCAGGUGGACGCAGAGGGGUGGCUCCACACCACAGCGCUACACCUAGCCAUGGAGCAGGGGCAUGGCCACAUUGUGGAGCUCCUGCUGAGUUGGGGGGCUAGCCCAGCCCUGAGCCUUCCAUGGGGUGACAGCGCGGGAGCGUGGGGUUCUCAGCACCCCCUGCCCUGAGCGACUUGGCCUGCCGGGGUGCUGCACCGGAGGAGGAGCAGCACACGUGACCAGGGCCUGCAUGCCCCACUCCAGCAGCCCCAGGGUUGGGGACCGAGAGACCUGAGUCAGACGCACCCACCGUAUUCCCCCAGCCCCUACUUCCCAAGACAAUGACCCAGAUUAAAUGGUUGGCUCAAAGCUCUCCUUUGGGAUGGUCCAUUCUGCAGCCUGGUCACGGGGUACUCAUGACCCUGACCAACCUUCCCAUCUUCUCGUCUUUGGCCUCAGGCUCACUUAUGGGGGCCAGGGGCCUGACCCUGGGACCCAACCUCACCCUUGGCAUUUGCUAAACUUGAGCACCUGGCUGCUUUGACCACAUGCCUCAGGCCCCUUACCUGGCACAGCUUUCCCUCAGAUCUCUGCCAGCCCUGAUCAGAAACUUCCUUCUUUAGAAACUGGAGAAACCAUUUUCGCAGUAGAUUCUCCUAGCACUAUUAGGGACCUGGGAGAUGCUCAGCGGGCUGGAGCACAGACCUUUUGUGUGGGAGGCCCUUGUUUGACCCAUUCCCCAGCCCCUGUCCCUGCCCUGUGCUCCCCUCAGCACUUCUAGGAGCAACUCUUGACUGUUGUGCUGGAAAGGGUCCCUGGUAUUUCCAGGUGGGACCAAAAUAAUAAUAAACAAAUUUAAAAAGAACCAAAAGGGAAAAAAAGGUGAAUGAAAUUGCACCCCAGUUCCCUAAAGGAGUCAUUGAAGCAGUCCAUGAUUCUGGGCUGAGCAAUGGAGCGCAAGAAGAUGCACAUUGAUGCUAGGGAGAGGGUGCAAGGCAGACGUGGAAUAGGGCAUUCAUGUCUCCUCAGAGCCGGCAGCCACACCUGACUAUGCCCCAGGAAACUGGUCCCUCCGUGUUAUGGGCGCCACGCGCAAAGCCCAGGCAUCCUUAGACUCCAAUGACACAUUCCUGUCCCAGAGCUCUUGUCCCCACCCCCAGCCAACCCCUCCCCCCCACUUCGCUGUCUUGCCUCCUGCUAACAGACUGAUGUAAAAGAAAGCAUCCACCCUGAGUGCAUCUGAGAAUCAGAUGGGGCUGUGGAGGUCAGGUUCCGGGCAUCUGGCACUUCGGGAAUGCCCAGGUGCAAAGUACUAGAGAUGUAGUUUGUGGGUGAUCUGGUUAGAUCCCUGGCAACACAUGAUCUCCUGAGCACCAAACUGGGAGUAAGUCCCCAAACAGAAACCAAACCAAAAAGUCUAAAACCUAGACACAACAGGGUGGGAGAGAAAGUAGAGCGGGAAGGUGCUUGCCUUGCACGUGGCCCACCUGGGUUUGAUCCCCAGGUCCCAUAUGAUCCCCAGACAGAUCCCUGAGUGCAGAGCCAGGAAUAGGACUUGAGCAUACCUGGGUGUUGCUCCAAACACAAAAACAAAAAAGAAAGUAGUGCUGAAGGGGAUCCAUAGCCACAGAGAAACCAGACUCCUCACCCAGCUUCCGAGGGCCCAGCUCUGCUGCUGACAAGCUUGCAGCUCUGCAGGGCUCCUCAGGAGGAACCAGGUCAACCACCAUAUCACCACCAAAUCCUGUCUGGCCGAGUCCACUGUGAAGUACACUCUCCCAGCGCACAACAAAUGGCACUGCUCUGACCCUUAGGUAGCCAGGUCCCCCAGGUCAGACUACUGGACAUGAGGCCAGAGCUGCUGGCCCUUAUGACGAAGUCUUCCAUGUUGCCAGCAAAACAGGGAUUGUUAAAACUCUAGUCUAGCUCAUUGGCUCUAAAUGUACCUUGUUCACCAUAAAAGCAAAAGCAGAAAACAUAAACUGGGCAGGGAAGAGCAGGCUGCGGCUUAGGCUGCAGCCUGAGUCCUCGCAGAGGUUCUGUUUCCAGAUGGCAACUCUGUGGUUUGGAAGGGAAUGUUCUUGCUCUUAGAAGACCCACAAAGAAUUUAGAAAAUCUCCAACUUCCUCUAAAGAGUUCAGAAAAACUCCACUGCUGUGUAUAAAUAUUUAUAGAAAAUGAUUUUAAACAUUUGGUAAUUUGCACAUUGGGAAGUUUCUGGAACCAGCAUUGCGCUUUUUCUGUGGUUUAAAGUUCUGUCCACAGGAUAGGGAGAUAACACAGUGAUGAUGGCACAACCCUCACAUGCCCAGGGCCCUGGAUUGGAACCCUGGCACUUCAGGGGUAGUGCUGGUGGGAAGCAAUGCUACAUUACCUGGCAAGCAAUGAACCAUCUGUCAGGGUGGCAGAGAUCACCAGAAGUGGCCUUUAGGCCUCCUGAGAACUGUGUGGAAGCCCCCAAAUAAAUAAAAUUAUAUCCACAUAAAAAGUGUAACAUGAACAGAAAGCUAGCUUUUAUCUAUUUAUUGAAUUUUGCUCCAGCUGUACUCAGAAGCUACCACUGAUUCUCUG